CCUCUAAGAAGUGUGCUUUUAAUGCUUCUGUAUCUGCUAUCUCAUAGCUCAUAGCUACAUUGGUAAGUUAUGAUGUCUGGGCUACUUAUGUGUCCCGCAAGUCAUUGCUAAGGUUGGACACCGCCAGAAUCCAAGACGUGUGUAUACACUACACUGAGGAGUUUAAACAUGGUGCUGGGACAAUCCUUACAAACAAAUGUUAGAUGGAUCCUUCUCAUAUUCCUAUUUAUUUUCCUCUUAUCUUUUGCCUGGAGAAGAUCACUUGUUAUGCCAAGUUUCUUACACUGCCAGGAGACAGAGGUCAUGAAGAAUACAAGUCUAGACACAAAAAUUCUUACAGACAAUAAAGAGACAGAAUUAGUGAUUCUAGUUUGGGUUUAUCCCUAUGGAGAAAGGUUUCCACUUGAUAGCUGCGAAACCGUUUAUGGUAUAUCUGGCUGCAAGCUAACAGCAGAUAGGCAGCUAUAUAAUGUUGCUGAUGCUGUCAUCAUACAUCAUGCAGAUAUUAUGUAUAACAAAGAAACACUGCCUCAAACACCAAGGCCUCAUUACCAGCGAUGGGUAUGGUUUAAUCUUGAACCUCCAUUAAUUAUACAGAACUUGCAUUUCCUGGAUAAUCUGUUUAACUUGACAAUGACAUUCCGGCAAGACUCUGAUAUCUAUGUAACAUACGGCCGUAUUGAAGCAGUGAAGGAACCACAGAAUGUUACUAUUCCACCUAAGUCUAAGUUGGUGGCCUGGGUAGUCAGUAAGUGGUAUCCAGGUGCCCCACGCAUAAAGUAUUAUGAAGAACUUAAAAAGUACAUUUCAGUUGAUAUCUAUGGGAAUAAACAUAUGAAACUAAGCAAGCAAGAUUUUUAUAACACCAUUAUCCAGUACAAGUUUUACCUGGCUUUUGAGAACUCCAUAUAUAAGGACUAUAUCACUGAGAAAUUAUGGUCGAAUUCACUUGGUACCUGGAGUGUGCCAGUUGUUCUAGGGACCUCUCGUAAGAACUAUGAACGAUUCAUUCCUGGGGAUGCCUUUAUUCAUGUAGAUGAUUUUCCAAGUGCUAAGGAACUUGCUCAUUUUCUUUUUGAGCUGGACAAGGACGAUGAAAGAUACAGGAAGUAUUUUAACUGGAGACAUCACCACCAUGUAAAAGUUAGUGAUGGAUGGCCAGGCUGGUACUGCAAAGCCUGCAGAGUACUAAAAGAGCAAACUGAGUAUCAAGUCAUUCCUAGUGUGGAAAAGUGGUUCCUAGGAAAUAUCUCUUUCUAGUUGCUGUCGAUUUCUUUUCUUUAUCUGAAAGAUAAUAAUUGAUUUAACUGUAUUGUUUUGUGCAUGUUUUGAUUAAAUAGACCAUUUUCAGUUUUUUGAAAUAAAAAGCUGUGGAAGUAGAAAUGCAUUUGGCACAUGAUAAUGAUAACCAAAAACAACAUAACAUAUAAAGAAAUUGAACGUGUA